AUGUUUAUGCUCAGGAACGUGAGUAAAUUCCUUUUCGGUGAUACUGCAAAGGAGUCCAUUAUCGAAAUCCCUCAAGGCCAACUGUAUAUCGUGCGCCCGUUGUCGCCCAAGGGAUAUUCGGAGCUUAUUUUCAAAGAUGGCGCUGCGAGUAUCCGGCGCACGGGACAAGAUUUCCAAUAUCAGCUAGUAAUACAGAGGGCGUACGAGGAAGGUGAAGAGGAGCUCGCAGAUGACGAAGACGAGGGGGGAGAUGUGGAAGGGCUUGGUGGCGACAAGGAUGAAAAAACGUUUCUACUGGACCAAAGCCUUCAUUUUCGAUCAGAAGCCCGCGAGGGAGGAGAGAAAGUGCUGGCUUGGCGGGACUUAAGCGGUGAUGUUGGAGACCUAUACGAAUUCGUGUGCGAUUCUUCAACCCCAGCUGAGAAAGUCGCGACAUUUGUUCUUGCUGCUGUAGAGUGUCAAUACGAGCGGAAGUACAGGCGCACUGCGCAUAAGGCUACAGAACAAGAGCUUGAAGAAUUCGCGUUUGAAGAAGAAUGUCCCAUACCCAAUGCGAGCCCUGUCACAAGCCCUAUCACCCCAACGUCCAAAGAAUCAGCUGCUGCAAUGGCGACAGAAGUUGCAAGAAAUAAAAAGAUUGCUACGCGCAAAUCUGAGGAUCAUACUCAAGCUCCCCCAUCCGUUGAACACCCUGAUGCAACCGAGCUACUUGCCAAGGAGACUGCUGAGUUACACCUUUUCGAUUUUAGUUCUGGAACCUUUAUACUCCAAGAUUCUCAAGUCACUGUAACUGUGUCCGAAAUCGGAUCCUGGAAAUAUUGGCUGCAGAUAAGUGGGAAGGACCGGGAAUGGCUGGGACAGCCUGUGGUGCCCGAUAUUAAUCCGGUUUUUAACUUUGAAUAUCUCUCAUUCAUUUUCAAUCAUUAUACCGAAGAUGGAUCUGCCUACUCCUGGCUUUUACGGUUCAAGGAUCAAACGGUAGAAGAAAGAUUCCAAGAAGGACUUAUGCAGGCACUCUGGGAGCACUUGCAUGAGAUGAAGUGGUCAAAAACAAAGGUAGACGAGCGUGACUACGUGCUAGAGGCGUUUAAUGAUCUCACCAUGGAUGACGUUCCAGAGGAGCCUGAAGAUGAACAAGAGGAGGAAGAGGAACUGGAAGUGACAGAUGACGGCGAACGUAGUGAGCAUUAUGAUUCGGACGAAGAGGCAGAUGAUGUUUUGACUAAAGAUGAUGAUGGGAACGUUAAUUCUCAACUUGCCGUUGGCUACAAGCAUGACAGGUCGUUUGUUGUCCGUGGUUCGAAAAUUGGGGUUUUCAAACACACCCCAAAUAACAAUCUGGAGUUUUCUACCAACAUAUCAAAAGUUGAAACUCCAAAAGGCACACUAUUUAGCCCCAAGAAAGUCAUGCUUCAUGCAGAAGAUUCAAGCAUGAUUCUUCAGAAUGAGAAAGAGCCAAAUGCAUUAUAUAGAAUGGACCUUGAAUAUGGAAAAGUAGUGGAUGAAUGGAAAGUCCAUGAUGAUAUUCCUGUUAUGAACUUUGUGCCUGAGAACAAAUUUGCCCAAAUGACUUCUCAUCAACCCUUCUUGGGAAUAUCUAGGAAUGCCUUAUACAGGAUCGAUCCCCGAUUAGCCGGGAACAAACUUGUCGAUGCCGAUCUGAAACAAUACGUCAGCAAAAACGACUUUUCUGUGGCCGCUACAACAGAGCAAGGAUAUAUUGCUGUUGCGUCGAAUAAAGGAGAUAUUCGUUUGUUCGACCGUCUUGGGAUCAAUGCUAAGACUCACAUUCCCGCAUUGGGCGAACCCAUCAUCGGCCUAGAUGUGUCUGCCGAUGGUCGCUGGGUUCUGGCUACCUGUCGUACAUAUCUCCUCCUGAUUGAUGCUCUUCAAAAGGAUGGCAAGAAUGAGGGCAAACUAGGCUUCCAGAAAGCUUUCGGAAAGGAUUCAAAGCCGCAACCCCGCCGCCUAGGUCUACAACCCGCCCAUGUUGCGCAAUUCCAGCACGAAACAAAGGCCCCUCUUUCCUUUACGCCCGCAAGAUUCAAUACUGGACUUGACUCCAACGAAACUUCCAUUAUUACUGCCACGGGACCCUUCAUCAUCACAUGGAAUAUGAAGAAGGUAAUUCAGGGCAGAAAGGACCCAUACACAAUUAAGCGAUAUGCCGAGGAAGUCAAGGCGGAUAACUUUAAGUUUGGAAGUGAUAAGAGCGUUAUUGUUGCCCUGCCUAACGAGGUCAACAUGGUGGCAAAGCAAAGCUUCAGAAAACCCACGAGAGAGAGUAUCGCAGGCCCUGUAACGCCUGGUCGAUUUGGCCGGCGGACCAGCACAAGACUUGGAAGAGACGAGGUGGUGAACAGUCCAUACUAA